AUGGCUUCUCAAGGACUACCUACCGGCCGUAAAAUAACUGGUAAAGCUCGGGAACCGUGUUAUUACAUCCCAUUCACUAAAAACAUACAUUUUACCGGCCAUGCAACUAUUCUAAAUGCACUAGAAGAUGCAUUUUUUGGCCAAGAACAGAUACAGAGGAUGGCGCUUGCUGGGCUAGGUGGAGUCGGCAAGACUCAGAUAGCCUUACAUUUUGCCUAUCAGGUGAAAGACAAAUGGCCAGAAUAUUCGAUCUUCUGGGUGCCAGUUCUAAGUAAUGAAGGUGCAGAACAUGCUCAUGCUGAGAUCGCUAAAAAGCUUGGAUUGCAGAAGGAGAGCGAGGACGACGAUGUGAAGCGCUUAGUCUGUCAACACCUCAGCUCGGCUAAAGCUGGCAAGUGGCUCUUGAUUGUGGAUAACGCCGACGAUCAUGAGCUGUUCCUGGGAUCUGCCGAUAAACCAGGCUUAGAAGAAUACCUGCCUCAGAGCGAGAAUGGUAUGAUUCUACUGACGACACGGUCCACACAAGUCGCUGGCGAGUUUGCUCAGUAUGACGUGAUCGAAGUUAAGCAGAUGAAUAAUGAAGAAGCAAUGAGCCUCUUGGAAACUUCACUGGUUCAGAAGCAACCGUUCUAUGACGACGCAGUGGCUACUGAGCUGCUUACAUACUUGACUUUUCUCCCAUUGGCUAUCACACAGGCUGCCGCAUAUCUCAAUCAGACUAGAGCGCCUCUACAGACAUAUCUGAGCCUCUUGAAAAAUGCCGAGAAUGAUACAAGAGUCCUUGAAAUAGAAUUUCGAGACAAUAACCGAUACAGAGACUCUCAGAACGCAGUAGGAACAACAUGGAUCGUGUCUUUCCGCCAGAUCCAAAAGUCUGAUGAGCUUGCCGUUAAAUUGUUGUCGUUCAUGUCGUGUAUUGAACCAAAGGCAAUUCCCCAAUCGAUAUUGCCUAAUGAAAUAAGGCCGAUAGACUUGCAAUCGGCUAUUGGUACGCUUUGCAGCUAUGCGUUUCUGGUUCGCAGGGGGCAAAGCAAUGUAUUCGACAUGCACAGUCUUGUGCACGUGGCAAUGCGAGGCUGGCUCAAAAAGCAGGGACUAGAGAAUCAGGUCACACACGACGCGAUAUGCCAUCUUGCCGCGAGAUUCCCUACAAGCAGCGACGCUCAUCACGACGUGAGAAGGGAAUACUUGCCGCAUGCGAUACGUCUGCUAAGCCGAAAUUCUCGGCAAAAUGUAGAUGAAACUUAUCGUCUGAUUGAAAAGGUUGGGGCCUCCUUUAAGACAGAUAGAAAAUUUAAAGAAGCGGUGAAGUGCUUUGAGGAGGUGUAUUUGUGGAAACAGGGCCUUCUUCCCAAGAAGGACCAUUCUCGACUAGCAUCAGAGCACAUGCUUGCAAGCGCAUACCUUAACACCCGACAAAUCAAGGAUGCGAUUAAGAUAUUCGAGCAUGUGGUAGAAGUUCAGAGAGAGACAUUAGAUGAGAAAAACCAUUCUCGACUAACAUCAGAGCAUGGACUGGCAAGCGCAUACCUCGCUGACCGACGGAUCGAGGAUGCGAUUGAGAUACUUAAGCAUGUGGUGGAAGUUCGGAAGGAGACACUAGAUAAGGAGGACCAUUCUCGACUAAUAUCGGAGCACUCACUUGCCAUGGCAUUACUCGCCGCCCGACUGAUCAAGGAUGCUGGAUUUGAUGAACUGACGGCGCUCCAAACAGCCUCUGAGGGAGGUCAUCUAGAGGUUGUCGAGAAGCUACUGGCAGCGGGAGCUGAUGCCGACUCGAAGGAUACGGAUGGUCGGACGGCGUUCCAAGUAGCCUGUGAGGCAGGUCAUCUAGAGGUUGUCGAGAAGCUGCUGGCAGCGGGAGCUGAUGCCGACUCGAAGGAUACGGAUGGUCGGACGGCGUUCCAAGUAGCCUGUGAGGCAGGUCAUCUAGAGGUUGUCGAGAAGCUACUGGCAGCGGGAGCUGAUGCCGACUCGAAGGAUACGGAUGGUCGGACGUCGUUGUCGUGGGCCGCAGAGAAGGGCUUUCAGGCAGUGGUUGAGCUGCUUUCUGCGCAAAAUUCGGACAAUCUACGAAGUCUGUCAGGGGAUUUGAGUACCGACACAGGAUCGGACGUUUCCAAUGAUUCUUCGGUCUUUUCCAUUUCCUCUUCAGUACCAAGCACUACGCCCUCAUCUUUGCCCGGGAGUGAGAACGUCGACAAUGCUGCUGCUGAACAUUUGGCAUACCUAUUGUCCGAAGACUUGUUUCUUCGACCUCUCUAUUCUCAAGCCUUGAAGGCGAUGGACAAGGAUCGUUUUUUCCGAAACCACGAUCGGUUGUUGAAAAAAUUUAUGAUAGAAUUGAGGUGUAGGGCUGAGGACGAUAUGGUGAUCCAAGUUGUGAGGGUCCUGAGAAAUCAGCGCCAACGAGAGCGUGUCACCACUCAGAUUUACCACACCUUUCAACCAGAUACGGCAAACACCAACCGGAAAGGCAUGCGCGAUUUCCUGGACCAGAAGGAAGAUCGAAAGUACCGCCUCAAGGUCUUUUUUGAACAACGAGACCACGAAAGAGGAACCGCUGGGCGCGAUAACGUUCCCGAAGCGAAUAGCUCCGGCCCCGCAGCGGCAGACGUCAAAGUCGAGGAGGAGAUCCAUGAGAAUGAAGAGAGUGGAUCAGCACCGGAUGAAGAAGUUGAGGAUGAAGACGAAGGGGAAGAAACGGAAGAUGAAUCGGAAGACGCACCUAACGCUAGCCAAAGACUAGAUUUAGUGGUGGAUUUCAUCACUAGUAGCCCGCCUUUCGAAGCUUUCAAAUCCAACCUUCAUUACUUCGUCAAUCCUCCGACGACAAUUAAAGAGGCAAUUGGAAGUAAUAGUAUAAAGGCCCUCAAACAACUCCUCCGAAACCGAUUUGAUCUUCUGGCCACAGGCGAGUACUCUUGGCUGCAAGAACUCAAUGACAUGGGGCUUGAUCAUGACGAAAUGGCCGAUCUGUUAUUCCAGCAGGCGACUGACUCACCCUGGAUCUAUUUCGAGCCUGGAGCAAUCAGUCCCACGGAAAUCAAGAUCGGGCAUCACCUUCAUGGAUGUGUACAUCAACUAAACUUGUCGAAUAAGCCUAAGCCUGGAUCCACAGCGUCGCAUCAAGGCUCAUUCCAAACCGGGGAUUGGAGCGACUAUGUAAGAACAAUCCAAGAGCUUUGUGGGCUUGGUGGCAUCGCCCCAAAGACCCGUUGUUUGGAGAAGUGGAAUGGGAGCGUCACUUUUGAAGAGGACCAUUCCACUGCUUGUGUGUCCUACGCUCAUCAAGAUGAACAAGUAGUCUUCUCCCGCGUUGCCAAUGCCCUUCAUCAAUUUUGUAUAGCAAUAGGCCAUGCUCAAUCGGCUGGUCUCUGCUGUGACUCCUUCACCAUUCUCAAAAAUCCAGGCCGACAUCCUAACGACAGGUCUUCUUUGAUAGAAGUAUGCCGAAUCGACUUCCAUCUUGCAGUGACAAUGUUAGAUGAGUUAGAGCAGCUGUUUUCCGCGAAGGAUACUCCAGAUUUUGGGAAACCUCGGUCGUUGGAAGUUCUCGAUAUUCUCCUCGAGGGUGCUAGCAUCGGGCCUUCCCCCGAGACUCUCACGGAAGCUCUUCAUUUAUACUCUUUGGCCGUGCAAAUCUUGUGUCUGGGGUUUCUAUCCUACAGCCAAGCACAUGUUGGCCCUCUCCGGCCAUUCUUCCUGGACACCUUGGUAACAAAAGUGCGGUUGCUUGGGAUCGAAACGUCGUCAGCCCCAUACCAGUAUAUCGACGCUGGUCUCAAGGAACUUACAUGCUUUGGCAAUAUGGUUGAAGGACCAGUGCUCGCAUUCAGCGUGGUAACGCCGAAACCCUCUACGCCAUCGCCCAUUGACCUGCGCUCAGGAUUUGACCUGUUGACAAGUGCUCAAGAUCUUGUAGACACCUGGGGCCCAGGCCAGUUCGUGGUACCCGACGGAAAGAAGCACCCUUCUGCGAUUAGAAUAGGUGGGGGUUUUGUCUAUUUAUGCACAUCUGGGCAAGAUAGCGGCAAGUUUCACUGGAGCCGGACAGUCACGUCUGGCCUCUUCUGCUACGGAGAAUUUGAUCUGAGACGCAAGAUAGUCAUCGGAGCACGAGUAACAGUCAACGACGCUUGCGGUCUCGACGAAAGCUCAUGUCGCGCUAGCUUAUCCGGACAUCUUCAGCCCCUAGGCACAUCUCUGCCUGGCUGGGAACUGAAGGAAGUACAAGUUGGAGGACAAAUUGGGAACUAUGGUCUAGUGCAAGCUAAUGCCUCUUAUCAUAUGUUCCCUGGUCAGACUCUAAAGAAGAAGAGACUGGAUGUGGAUGAUGGGGAGUUGAUACUAUUUUUGGAAGAACUCUGGGGUGUUCAGAUGAGCCUGUGCACUGCGGUCGCCAGACGAGUCCUCCUUCACGAAAUGAUAGCCGACCUACUGCCUGUAUUCGCCCGCCGUUUAACUUCUGGUGACGAAUGUAGGCUCUGGAAAGACCUCGAAAGCCAUCGCUUUAUCAUCGAGAACUUCCGAAGCGGGAAGCUAUUAGGCUGGGUUCAAGAGUUGCCACCCCCGGCCCACAAUCUGGUCCUGAAAUUGGUGCGUGGAAUCUUGAAUACCCUUCAAGAUACCGGCCUAGACCGCAAUGGGAAGGCGCUCAUGGUUGCCUGGCCUUACGGGAAUGAUAGCUGCCACGGUUGCAGGAUAGCUUGUGAGGGAGAGAGCUCAUGGGCUCGUGCCCUUGCCGACUCUCACGACAGCGCUACCUUCGCGUACAUCUCUGCAGCAUGCCUAGAGACGGAGGAGAUCAAAUGUAGUGUGGAAGAAUACAAUCCCUCUCCUGGAAACGGCGGUGACGGUCGAGAUGACCAGUACCAGUAUGCUCACAGAGACUUUGCAGAACGAAAGGAUUUACUCGUUCAGAAUGCUUCAAAACCCCCUCCUAGUGAAGGCACGAAAGCCAAAUACCUCAGGAAUGAUAAUGCUGGUUGA